AUGGGCGCCCUGUCGCAGCCGCCGCCGACGAGGUCUGUUUUCUAUUUUAAAGCCCAGUACCUGCAUGUUGGCUCUCUUAUUGUGGACACCUACUUCAUCAGCCGCUUCAUCCUCCUGGCCGUGAUGUGCCUGAUCUUCCUUGGGUGCCUUUUCUUGCUCCUGAUUCACCACCUCAUGGAGCCAGUGUAUGCCAAACCGCUCCACAGCAGCUAG